UGUAAUCAAUAAUCAAUUAAUAAUUCACAAUCCAUUCGAAUUUAAUGGAGACUUUUGGCAGUGGAUCGAUUAGUGCAAGACUUGGCGUUACUUACACGGAGGCGACCUUCUACAUCGAUGCUGGCACCUCUGGGUCAGGAAAGAAGAAGCUUAUGGCAUCUGGCAUGAAGUGCUCGGAUCCCAACUUGGAGUAUAGACCCUUCCAGAAAUACGACAACUCCUGAUGGGGACGUUGUGACUACGAAGGUUACUGGAAUAAGAAGACUAGCCUCCCUGAAGGCCAAGGCAUAAGGAUAAGUUGUGUAGGGAAUACAUUUAAGGGGGAAUUCAAAACUGGCAAGCUCAAUGGGUACGCUGUAGCUCAUUAUUCGAGCGGCGAGAAAUAUGAAGGGUAUUUCAAAGAUGAUCGCCUGCGUGGAAAAGGAAUAUGGACGUUUAAAGAUGGAAGUACUGAAGAAGGAGAAUGGAAGGAUAAUAAGAAGAAUGGAUACUGUGUUAUCAAAAACUCUAGCGAAAAGAAAACUUUUGAAGGAAACUUUAAAAACAAUUCUAAACAUGGACAGGGGAAAGAGUUUUGUAAUGAUGGGAGCACUUAUCAAGGAUUCUGGGUGGAUGGCAAGAAACAUGGGCUUAUCACCUAUACUUCCAAAGAGGGUUCUUCUCAGACCCAAAUCUGGAGUAAUGGAACCAAACAAUAAUUUUGCUUAAGAAUUGCG